AUGGCACCUCCCAUCCUCUACGAUCCCUUUUCGAGCGAUGCGAUCACCGUCAUUCCUCCACUUGCAGGGGACGCGGAACGAGUCUGGGAUGGCUUCCAGUUCAAUAGCAGGCUCGAGAGUGGACUCUUUCGGCUGAAUGAGACUAAGUCAGAAAUACCAGAUCUCGAGACAGACAUUCUCCGGUUGCAGCUGGAAGAUGUGCCACUGCUGAACCUAUCAGCGCCAACUUCCCAGACUACAUCCGAUGACGAAGACGAUGGCUCUAGUGAGCAGAAGGCAGACAAUGCCGAAGACGACGUCGAAAGUUUGUGGACACUACCAGAGGUGACCGGCAGACGAAGAGUCAUUGAGCUCCUGUCUUGGGACACAUUCUUGGACAGGCGUCAUUCAGAACCAGUGUCUGGCUAUCUGAGCGAAGCAGGCCCUCGUGCUUUCAGCUCUAUCCUUAGUGCCAGUCGUUCAGCCAUGUCCGCGAAGGGUUUGAAGCCAGACGUCUUGCUCAGUGCUUUCUAUCAGCUGCUCAUGGGAAGAAGCUCUGCUAUCUUCGUCUGGGAUGAGAAGCAGCACGCGUUCAGAAAGCAGGUAGAUCAUCUUGUAGCAUUUGGAUACAGCCAUCAGCUGCUGCAAGACCUUUUUGAGACAAUCUCUCGGGUCGGUGCUUUCGCAAAGGUCAUAUCUGAGACAUGCACUUUUUCGACAGGCCGCAGCUCCCCCUGUCGAAUCGCAUUUGGGGCUUCAGUCUUGGCUGCUUUGUAUUCCGUCCAUGAAUACCUGGAGACUACACGACCUGAGAUCACAACCAUGGUGCGACUCAAAUCUAUCAUGACCAAGGUCGAAGUGUUGGUCACGAUGUUGAAUCAAUGUGCCGCUCUCGUUCAAAACUACAAGACCGAAGAGAGUCUCUUGACUGGCCUAAUGACGCAUUUGACGGCGAUGUCCUCCUGCGAUUCUCGAGUGGUCGCAGUGUUACAGUCAAUAUUCUCCAGCUCAUCCCAGCCAGCCCUAGCAAAACUUAGUGCUGAGAUCGGACUUAGCUCUUCAGGGCCGACCGGUGACGACUUAUUUCUCUCACAGAUCUCGGAACGCCAUAAUAUGUGGACUUCAAUUUUACAGACCGAGAUGGCUGAGGUGGUUCUUGAGACGCGAGAGAGUCUCCGACUUUUGAGAUUAUAUAACCCAGAGUGUCCGGUGUUGUCCACUUCAGAAUAUGGAAACUCCAAGCUUUCUACUCUUGAAAUUGUCUACGCUUUCAACCGCCUCUGUAUACUACACAGCCGUUCUUCUGCGUAUGAAGAUGUGCGGAAAUCGUCGAUUAGUUCGACGGGUUCUUCCACGACAACAAGUUUGCUAGUAACACCAGCAACAGACAGUUUCGAGCUCAGUGACCUCGAUAUUGAUCGGUCUGAACCUGAAGAUCCCUUUAGGUUCAAUACGAACCUCUUUGAAGAAAGUCUUGACACUAUUAAAAAUCUUAACCACGAUGACUUGCACAGUCACGUCUUGUCAUAUCUGAGGGAGUCUGAACAUGACGAGAAUCCUCUGCGAAUUGACAUCGACCAAGCUCUCCCUCUUUCUAUCAGCCCUCUCUUAUCAGCACAACACCGGGUGCUGUCAUAUGCCGUACUUGAGUUGAUCUUCCAGCAGUACGAUCUUAUCGAGCAUAUAAACCUUCAACGCCAGUUUCAUUUCAUGGGCAAUCCAUCGUUCAGCUCACGACUAGGCACGGCGCUCUUUGACCCUGAACAGAGCACUGGCGAAACUCGAAGAAGGACAGGAGUCGCUACCGGAUUACGACUCCAGGCUCGAGAUACAUGGCCCCCUGCAAGCUCCGAGUUGAGACUGGUUCUCAUGAGCAUUCUGUCGGACAGUCUGUCCAAAGGUCAACGCCGCAAUCUUGACGAUUGUAUCUCAUUCGCCAUUCGAGACAUGCCUCUCGAAGAGCUUGAGAAAUGUCGAGACGUUGAUUCAAUCUACGCUCUUGACUUCCUCAGGCUACAGUACAAGCCUCCUAAUGACGUUUUGGGCACAAUCCUUACGACGCAAAUCUUAGACAAAUAUGACCGAGUAUUUCAACUACUCAUGCGUUUGUUAAGACUACACAAAUUGACCGAAAGUAUGGUUCGGGAGGGCGACUCUAUUACUGGUGGCGACCAUAAACUGAUUUUUGAAAUGCACCAUCUGAUCACGACGCUAGCUGAUUACUAUCACAACACGACGAUCGAGUUGCAUUGGCGGAAAUUCGACAGCGUCCUGCAAGACGUCAGGGCUCAUAUUGUCAAGAAGGACUACGAAAGAACCCUCAGAGCUGUCAAAAGUCAAGAUUAUUUACGUGCUCUCCAUGAACGGACGCUUGACAGCAUCUUGGAUGGUUUGUUUCUGAGAAAGAGGCAGUCAAAGAUCCAACAAUCGCUCGAGCAUAUCUUCUCGACAAUUCUGGCAUUUGCUGCUCACCGACGCAAAGAACAGAAACCAAAAGACGGGAAGCCUGCAGAUUCUUCUGAAAAGGGUUUCCGAUCACGAUUUACAGAAGAUGUCAAGCGAUUUGUGGCCGCGCUGCUUUCUCAGGAUCAGAAACAGAGGUCUGCGUCAUACGCCACUGAAACUAUGCCGAGUGGAGACGCGGACGAAGAAGUGAAUCUGUUGGAAUGUCUACUUCUAAGGCUCGACAUGUUCGGCUAUUGGGAUCGCGGUGGACGUGCGAAGGGGAUUUCGCAUCUUGAUCUUGAAUUCGCUCUCCCGUGA